UUGAAGCGGUUCGAGUAACGAAAGAGCUGCCUGGUUCUAGAUAUUCUAGGUUAGAGCCCUGGCUACCUCUUUUGCAAAGCAGUGAUUCGUGUACCGAGGUAAGGUCAAUAAUUUAUCAUACUCGAACAAACGUCAUCCCUUUCAGCAAGCCACAAGCUCUCAAAAGAACUGUUAGUGGGAGUUUGGCCGCACUCGGUUUUCUGACGAUCUCAAGGCCGCGUUUUCCAAUCUUCCCCCUUUCUCUCUCUCUCUCUCUCUCUCUCUCUCUCUCUCUGUCUCUUUUUUGUGUGCGAUCUGCAUUACAAUCACGUCUUAUAUCUUAAUAGAAUAAUUAAUAGUCAUCAAACUCGGUAGGUUAGUCUGCGAAAGAAAAAAGUAUCUACGAAAGUAUAUACGAAGAUUCAGUCAGGAUGGGCGACGUGCAGCCCCAGUCUCGGCCUAUGCGACCGAUUGACAAAUAUGGCCCCAAGUUCGUUGAGAAGACGGGAAAGCUACACGAUCGGGCCAUGACUGCGACUGCGUCGAAUGGCAAGACGAAGACGUCGUUGUCGUCCAGUGAGAACCAGCCCGCCGGGGGGUUUGACGGCACCCCGAUCCCCCCUGCGCCGCCCGGAUACACGCUCAAGUUCACCUUCCACCGAGCGGUGAAUCUCCCCUUUGCGGACUUCAGCACGCUUUCGUCGGAUCCGUAUGUCCUGGCGCAACUCACCGUUGACGUGCCCAAACGGCACAAGCAAGACCCGGCCCUCACGUUCCGAACGCACACCAUCCCGCGCGACACCAACCCGGUGUGGGAGAGCGAGUGGAUUGUCGCCAAUGUGCCGGCGUCCGGGUUCCAGCUGAAAUGUUGUCUGUACGACGAAGACCCGGCGGACCAUGACGACCGGCUAGGCAACGCGUACGUCGACGCCGCCUCGGUCGAUGAGAACUGGGCCGGGAUUCACAGGCAGUCGUACCACAUCAAGAAGCGCAUGGGCAGCAAGCGGGUGUAUUUCUUCCGAGGCGUCGCGGCGCUGGUCUCGCGCCACGCGCGAGACGGCCAUCUCGACGUCAGCGUGGAAUGUCUGGGGAGAACCCCCGGCGACCAGGGCGGGCAGGUGUAUACGGUUGGACCCAACAUAUGGUUCAAGCACUUCUCGCCGCUGAUCGGGCGUCUGACGGGGACGAAAGAUGAGGUGCAGACUCAGAAUGGAGCGAAACCGACCAGUCGGUACAACUUUCAAGCUAUACAGAUGCAGUUCCAGGGCCCGGUCCCCCCGCAGCUUUACCACCGAUAUGUCGAAUUUCGGCCCUUUGUUGCUGGGAUGUUCACCUCGCAUAGCCUGCGAGGACGGAUCCUACACAAAGCCCUCCACCACCAACAUGACCGGAUAUACAAUUUCGAUCGUACGACGCUGCACGGCGCGUUUACAGAGCCGUGUCUGGAGAUGACCCAGAAGUUCCUCGAGUUCGUUCACUUUGCACAAGGCGGGCGCAUCUUUACCUACGUCCUCACUCUCGACGGGCAGUUUCGCUUCACCGAGACGGGCAAGGAAUUUGGCAUCGACAUGCUCAGCAAGCACACGAUGCACAGUGAUGUGUCGAUCUACAUCGCCUACUCUGGCGAGUUCUUUGUCCGGCGACACAAGCAUCGCCACCGGCAUCUGUCUCUUUCCACCAAUACGGUGACCUCUGCUCCUGCGACAGAAGUGGAAACGGAGGAAGAACAACAACAACAACAACAGCAACAACAGGCUGUCCCUGAUGUCUCCACUGAUCCGGGCGACUACGAGCUCUUCAUCGACAACGACAGCGGCACCUACCGUCCGAAUGCAGAGUAUCUGUACUUGCUGCGGGAGUUUUUCUCGAAGAAUCUUCCUGGUCUCCAUGUGACCACCCUAGACUGCCAGAAAGACGCCGAUCGCAUGGCUGCCUUGAAAGACGAACAACGGGAGCGGAAGAAGAACGAGGGCCAACACAUCAUGUACCUCCAGCAGGACAGCAGUGCGUCUUCCUUGUCCAUCUCGAGUUCGGACGAGGAAGCCCUCGACGAGCGCGCAGGCGUGUCGACCAAGCACCGGGGCGAUCUGGCGCAAAGGAUGCACGACAUGCGGGACGUAAAGGGCCAGGUCCUCAAAUGGGCGGAGAGCGAUGGACAGCCCAAGCAUCCUCAGAACACUCACAUGGAGCCUUCCCCUCCUCAGACUACUACUGUCGACUCGCAACCACCGCUUGAGCCCGUUCGUGAGGCCAACAGCCGAUGCUCAUCGCCCGUCAACUGACCAUACCAGAUACCAUGUAUUCUUUUGUAAAUGUCGUAUUAUUUGAUGUGAUGACGAGUGUAAAUAGUUAGAAAUCUAAUAAUAUCGAAUUCUUGAUGGCUGCCUAGAAUCCCAUCUGCCUCGUGGUCGAUUUGUUUCAUAUUUCUUUUGCUUAUUAUUGGGGCGGCAGAACGUGAAACACGAGUCAGUAUCUAUUCUAGAGCGAGAAUGAAGAAAAG